UGGAGGAGCGCACUAGGCAAUGCCCGCGCCGCGCUGACUGCACGGUCCCCGCGCGCCCGCCCGCCCGGAGCAGAGCCCGCGGGCGCCCCCGCCUCGCGCCCCGGCGGUGACGGCGCAGCGCCCUCCUGGCUGCGUCCCCGGUGCGCCCCGCCGCCCGCCGCCAGGUGCCAGCCCGCCGCCGCCGCCGCGAUGCCCUGCGCGCCAGGGCUGCGCACGCCGUGGCUGCGGCUGUGCGCUCUGCUCUGCGCCGUCCCGUGCGCCCCGCAGCCCGGCUCCGGCCCCGAGCCCGCCGCCUGCCCGGCCCCCUGCCGCUGCCGCGAGGACGGCGUCAUGCUGGCGGCGGACUGCUCGGAGCUGGGGCUCUCCACGGUGCCCCCGGACCUGGCCCCGCUGACCGCCUACCUAGACCUGAGCAUGAACAACCUCACGGAGCUGCAGCCCGGCCGCUUCCACCGCCUGCGCUUCCUGGAGGAGCUGCGUCUCUCAGGGAACCACCUGUCACACAUCCCGGGAGGAGCGUUCUCCGGCCUCCACAGCCUGAAAAUCCUGAUGCUGCAGAACAACCAGCUGGGAGGGAUCCCGGCCGAGGCGCUGAGGCAGCUGCCGAGCCUGCAGUCUCUGCGCCUCGAUGCCAACCUCAUCUCCCUGGUCCCCGAGAGGAGCUUCGAGGGACUGUCCUGCCUCCGCCACCUGUGGCUGGACGACAACGCGCUGGCCGAGGUCCCGGUCAGGGCCCUCAACAACCUCCCCGCCCUGCAGGCCAUGACCCUGGCCCUCAACCGUAUCCGCCACGUCCCCGACUACGCCUUCCAGAACCUGAGCAGCCUGGUGGUGCUGCAUCUUCAUAACAACCGAAUCCAGCGUCUGGGGACCCACAGCUUCGAGGGCCUGCACAGCCUGGAGACGCUGGACCUGAACCACAACGACCUGCGGGAGUUCCCUGUGGCCAUCCGGACCCUGGGCCGGCUGCAGGAGCUGGGUUUCCAUAACAACAACAUCAAGGCCAUCCCAGAGAACGCCUUCAUGGGGAACCCCCUGCUGCAGACCAUACACUUCUAUGACAACCCAAUCCAGUCCGUGGGGAGGUCCGCAUUCCAGGACCUGCCGAAGCUGCACACGCUGUCCCUGAAUGGAGCCACAGACAUUCAGGAGUUCCCAGACCUCAAAGGCACCACGAGCCUGGAGACCCUGACCCUGACCCGCGCAGGCAUCCGGCGGCUCCCGCCUGGGAUGUGCCAGCAGCUGCCCAGGCUCCGCGUCCUGGAACUGUCUCAUAACCGGAUCGAGGAGCUGCCCAGCCUGCACAGGUGUCAGAAGCUGGAGGAGAUAGGCCUCCAGCACAACCGCAUCUGGGAAGUCAGAGCCGACACCUUCAGCCAGCUGAGCUCCCUGCGGGCCCUGGACCUGAGCUGGAACGCCAUCCGGUCCAUCCACCCCGAGGCCUUCGCCACCCUGCGCUCGCUGGUCAAGCUGGACCUGACGGACAACCAGCUGACCACACUGCCCCUGGCUGGGCUCGGGGGCCUGAAGCAUCUCAAGCUCAGAGGGAACCCAGCUCUGUCCCAGGCCUUCUCCAAGGACAGUUUCCCAAAGCUGAGGAUCCUGGAGGUGCCGUACGCCUACCAGUGCUGUGCCUACGGCGUCUGUGCCGGCUUCUUCAAGGCCUCGGGGCAGUGGGGAGCGGACGUCCUUCACCUCGAGGAUGAGGAGACGCCCAAGGGGCCGCUGGGCCUUCUUGCCGGACAAGCCGAGAGCCACUAUGACCUGGACCUGGACGAGAUGGAGGACACGAAGCCACACCCCCGUGUGCAGUGCAGCCCCGUUCCAGGCCCCUUCAAGCCCUGCGAGCACCUCUUUGAGAGCUGGGGCGUCCGCCUGGCCGUGUGGGCCAUCGUCCUGCUGUCCCUGCUCUGCAACGGGCUGGUGCUGCUCAGCGUCUUCGCGGGCGGUCCUGGCCCGCUGCCCCCGGUCAAGUUCGUGGUCGGGGCCCUCGCCGGCGCCAAUGCCUUGACUGGCAUCUCCUGGGGCCUCCUGGCCUCCGUGGACGCCCUGACCUUCGGCCGGUUCGCCGCCUACGGGGCCCGCUGGGAGUCGGGGCCGGGCUGCCGGGUCACGGGCUUCCUGGCCGUGCUGGGGUCCGAGGCCGCGGUGCUGCUGUUGACUCUGGCCGCCGUGCAGAGCAGCGCCGCGGUGGCCUGCGUCCGGGCCCAGGGGAAGGCGCCCGCCCCGGGGGGCGGCGUGCGGGCAGGGGCGCUGGGCUGCCUGGCGCUGGCGGGGCUGACCGCGGCCCUGCCCCUGGCCUCGGUGGGCGAGUACGGGGCCUCCCCGCUCUGCCUGCCCUACGCCCCGCCUGAGGGCCGGCCGGCCGCCCUGGGCUUUGCCGUGGCCCUGGUGAUGCUGAACUCCCUCUGCUUCCUGGUGGUGACGGGCGCCUACAUCCGGUUGUACUGCGCCCUGCCGCGGGGCGAGCCCGAGGCCGCGUGGGACGGUGCCCUGGGGCGGCACGUGGCCCGGCUCAUCCUCGCCGACGGGCUGCUGCACUGCCCGGUCGCCUUCCUCAGCGUGGCCUCCGCGCUCGGCCUGGCCCCCGUCACCCCCGAGGCCGUCAAGUCCGUGCUGCUGCUGGUGCUGCCGCUGCCCGCCUGCCUCAACCCCCUGCUCUACCUGCUCCUCACCCCGCACUCCCGCGAGGACCUGGGGCGCCUCUGGCCCUGCGCGGGCGCCGCCCCGGGCGCCCUGGCCUCCGCCUCGGCCGGUCACCUGGAGAAGAGUUCCUGCGACUCCACGCAGGCCCUGGUGGCCUUCUCCGACGUGGAUCUCGUUCUGGAAGCUUCCGAGGCUGGGCGGCCGCCAGGGCCGGAGACCUAUGGCUUCCUCACGGGCACCCUCGUCUCCUGCCCACAGCCAGAGAGCCCCAGGCCGGAGGGCAGCCACUUGGUUGAGCCAGAGGGAACCAACUUUGGGAAUGAGCAACCCCCCAUGGACAGAGAGCUGCUGCUGAAGGCAGAGCGGGCCGCACCUGGUGGCGGGGGCGUGGCGGGGGGCAGGGGCAUCCAGCCCUCAGGCUCAGCCUUUGCCCCCCACGUAUAAAUGGCGCCCCAUCUUGUCUCCGCCUCCUCCUUUCCUCCCCUCCGUGAAUGGUGGCUGUUUGUAAAAUAAAUUCAGCCCGGAUGCAGCUGCGUGGCCUGCGGGAGGGUGGCCCAGGCCCUGGCUCGCUGGCCUCCUGUGGCCGUCACCAGCGUGUGCUGGUUUCCUUCGGGCCUCUUCCCGGCCACACCGGAGGCUGUGGAGCGAGAUCUGGAAGUCGGGGUGCUGAGCAGGCCCCGGGUCUGGGCCCUGAUGGAGGAAGGAAGGUCUAUGAGGGACCACAGAAGCAGCUGGGCAUCUCCCCCGUGGCUCUCGGAUUGGACCCAACCCGUGUUCUGUGUCUCUCGAACCUGACGUGUGCCGUGACGACGCGUGCGGGAAGACGUGACACGUGGCGUCCCUCCUCGGAGGGUAACCGGCGGGUCGGGCGGUGCAGGCUCUGCCGACGGCGUCUCCCCGGUCCCCACGUGGCUUGACAACGGGUUCUGUUGGCCUGGUUGGUUUUCGUGGAAUAGCUGACCGCGUCCCAGAGGAUCCGCACCUGUGCCUCCCAGGGCCCCGUCUCCGCCCCGCCUGAUGGCCCCGCAGGAUGGCGGCUCCACAGGACGCCACCGUCCGUGAGGGCCCUGGCCCAAGGCGCCUGAAUCUGGUGCUGAUGUGAAGACUGUGGAUGGAUGGGGGCUGCAGCUCCCUGACCUCCUUCCAGGAAGAAUGAAAGGCCUACCAGGUGUACCGGUUAGUAAUGCGGAUUGGCCCUUUACCGGUUAGUAAUGCGGGUUUUGUCAUCAAAGAAAACACGGUAAUUUCAAGAGAAACAUCAAAAGUGCUUUGUUCAAAGUCAUGUCCAUCGCUGGCUACACGUUUCCCCCGUCUUUCGGGUCAUUUGUGGAGACCGCCCCAGUAGAACUUUUCUUGUUUUGAGGCAGACCAUUCAGAGACCCAAUUGUCCACUUCUUCGCACGUUUUGAAGGCCUGCUCAGGAAGUGCGGGUGCCGUCGGUCGGAACGAGUGGUCACCUGAGGGAGCAAUGCAGCCACAUAGCACACACAUCAAAUCGCAUACAUAUCCACAUGUGUGUAACCCCCUCUAUUGAGAAAAACCCGCAUUAUUCACCGGUGCACCUAGCAAGGAUUGGAGGCGGGGCUGAGGAGCCUGAGUGACAGAUGCCCGGGGUCCCCCCCAUCCCUCCUGGCUCACCUCUAACUACCUCUGCUCUGGGGCGGCCACGCCUCCCCCCAGCACCCCCGUCACUCACUCCUGGUUCCAGCCCCACUCCCCAGCCGCUGUGUGAAGUGUGAGAAUGGCCACGAUGUAAAUACUCGGGCUCUUCUGUACAAUAAAGCCCAGUGACGUGC